AUGAAGUCCUUCGUUGGAUUUGUGGCUAUCGCCGCCAUUUGUGCGCUGUCCGCUGAUGCAGCAGCUAUUGUCACGUCGGCUGCUCCCUCGGUCACCAUCGACUCUGGACCGGUGGUUGGUACUACCACGUCACCUCCAGGAGCGAGUGCGACCGUAGACAAAUACUUGGGCAUACCUUUUGCCGCUUCACCUGUCCGCUUUGCCCCAGCCACCAAGCCGACGCCCUGGAGGGAGCCUUUCCAAGCCACAAAAUAUGGACCAGCAUGUAUUCAACAGUUUCCAUAUCCCGAGGCGUCACGGAACUUGUCCAUUGCAUGGUUCAACACGCCGCCGCCUCCAGCUGGAGAGAGUGAAGACUGCCUGAAUGUCAACGUCUACGUUCCUGGUACGCCUGGCAGCAACAAGACAGUCAUGGCAUGGAUAUAUGGUGGCAGCCUAAGGAUGGGAGCCAAUUCUUUGGUUGAGUACGACGGGUCUAUCCUCGCCGCAAAUCAAGAUGUGAUCGUCGUCAGUUUGAAUUACCGUACCAAUGUAUUCGGAUUUCCAAACAGCCCAGAAAUCCCCCUUACCGAGCGGAACCUAGCAUUUUUGGAUCAGAGGUUUGCACUCGAGUGGAUCCAGAGAAACAUCGCAGCUUUUGGUGGUGACCCCAAGAAAGUUACUAUAUUCGGCGAAUCAGCUGGAGGCGGGAGUGUCGACGUCCUAGUCACGACCAUGAAGGAGAACCCACCCUUCCGUGCUGCCAUCAUCGAAUCCGGCCAAGCAACGUCUUAUGUCAACACCACGAACGCCCCCACUGCCUGGCUGGCACUCGCAGCAGCUCUCAAUUGCACGACGACACAUCCCAAAUCCAACCUGACGUGCCUACGCAAUCAGACCGCCGAGACUAUAAAGAGUGUCAUCGAGCACCGGGCUCUCGCAUUCCGCCCUGUGGCCGACAAUGUCACCGUGCUCCGAUAUCCGGAGGACGCACGACUCAACCGGUCCGUGGCCCAUGUUCCUAUCCUGGCAGGCACAAACGCCAAUGAAGGAACCAUCUUCACCGUGGGACAGACCAACGCCAGUGCCUUUCUAGCGACGAACUUACCGAAUCAACCCAAGGUCAACAGCGAGAUUCUCCAGUCGUAUCCGGGCAACUCGUCCCAGCAAGUCCCAGAGAUUUGGACGGAGUUCGGAACCCAGUGUCAAGUCGGCAUCCUGACCAACGACAGCCACACUGCCGGUUUUCCAACUUGGAGGUACUUUUACAAUGCGACUUUUCCCAACAUCAAUCUCACCGACUUGCCACAUGCCGGAGUGUUCCACAGCAGUGAGAUCAGCCUCAUAUACGGCACUUACCCGCAGGAAGGUGCCACGGCGGAGGAGAAAUCUUUCAGUCUGUUCAUGCAGGGUGCUUGGGCUGGGUUCGCAAAGCAUCCGUACAGAGGACCAGGAUGGAAGCCGGUACCAGCCAUUGGGGAGCUAGGUACUAAUGGGAUCAACCUUACAGAGACGACCGCCGCAGAGUUGGACAGGAGGUGUGACUUCUUCCUGGAGGCUUUCGAGGCUGCCGGAAUCGCUCCCAGCAAUAGGACCACUAGUAGCUAG